AAAAUGAAAAUAUCAAUUAAUCAAUCAAAGCUCAUUUAUCAUCCAAAGAAAGAACCACACUUCUUAUAAGUUAAAGUUGAUAAAAUCAUGUCGAACUUGCAACAAUCGUACAAUGCUGGGCAGACCAGGGGCCAAGCUAACGAGAAGGCCGAGCAAUGGACUGAAUCAGCCAAGGAAACUGCACACAACGCUUGCGACAAGACUGCUAACGCAGCUCAGUCCACCAAAGAAUCUGCCCAACACGGGCAACAACAAGCCUCUGGUUUCAUCCAACAAACCGGAGAGUCCGUGAAGAAUAUGGCUCAGGGUGCGGUUGAUGGUGUCAAGAACACUCUUGGAAUGAAUGAGAAGAAGAAAUGAGAAACUAUUAUACUUUUCAUAUUAUAUUAUUCAAUUCUUUUGGAGAUCUCUCUAAAAUUUGAAAAUCUCUUGUUUUACUAACUAAUUUUGUAAUAAAGUUUUGAUUUUUUUUUUUGUUCUUUUUUACAAGAUCUUGUCAUGAGACAUGGCAUAAGUAAUAAAAUGGUGGGAGUCGCCCAUUCUAUAUGUUAGUAGUGAUGCUCAUUUCUCGCAACACUCUUAAUUUUAAGAAAAUGUAUAUUUUACAAAUGAAUCUGAAUGGAGAAAAAUAAGUGUUUUUAUUGAAUAAUAAUGCAAAAUUGUCUUUAUUGGCAACAUAAAAGUUCUCAUUUUGACAGAAGAGAGAAAAAAAAAAAAAAAAUUGUAAAAAACAAACCA